AUGAAUUCUCUGAUGCUGAAAAGAUGUUUGGUGAUCAGGACUCUUUCUAUCAACAGGUUUGAAUCUUUUUCCAAAGCCCACAAAAACCCAGUUCCAUUUUCACCUGAAAACACCAUUUCACAACAUCCAAACUCUCAAAAAUGCCCAAAGUUUCAAUCUUUACAUACAUUUAGAGACAACAAUCACCAAAAGUUUGAAUCUUUUUCCAAACCCACUUCCAUUUUCACCUCUAAACACUGUUUCACACCCCUUCACUCACAAAAAAUGUCAAAACUUUCAAUUUUGUACACUUUUUUGACAUUAUAUCUCAUGACACCACCAUUAGUCUCAGCCCUAUCACCAGAUGGCAAAGCCCUACUCAGCCUCAUCACCACAACCACCACUUUGACCUCAUGGAACUCAUCUUCACAAACACCAUGUUCAUGGCAAGGCAUAACAUGCUCACCACAAAACAGAGUUAUAUCUCUAUCUAUACCAAACACAUUCUUAAACCUUACAUAUAUACCUCAACAGCUUUCAUCUCUAUCAUUUCUACAGCUUCUCAACCUUUCAUCCACCAAUAUUUCAGGCCAAAUCCCACCAUCUUUUGGCUAUUCUUUCCCACAUCUAAGGCUUCUUGACCUCUCUUCAAACUCAAUUUUUGGCCAUAUUCCACCUGAGUUAGGCCAACUUGCUUCACUGCAGUUUCUUUAUCUUGACUCAAAUCAACUCACUGGCAUAAUCCCACCUCAAAUCUCUAAUCUUUCUUCAUUACAGUACUUUUGUAUUCAAGAUAAUUUGAUAAAUAGUACUAUCCCAUCUGAGUUAGGAUCUUUAGUAUCUUUACAAGAGUUUAGAAUUGGUGGUAAUCCUUACUUGACUGGAGAUAUUCCACCUGAGUUGGGGUUUUUGUCAAAUUUGACCACUUUUGGAGUGGCAGCCACAGGGCUUUCUGGGACUAUUCCUGUGACAUUCAAGAACUUGGUUAAUCUUCAAACUUUAGCUAUUUAUGAUACUGAGAUAUCGGGUUUGAUACCUGCAGAACUCGGGUUUUGUUCUGAGUUAAGAAACGUGUAUCUUCAUAUGAACAAACUUAAAGGGUCAAUUCCUAGUGAAUUGGGAAAGCUUCAAAAGCUUACUAGUUUGCUUUUAUGGGGGAAUUCCCUUACUGGGCCGAUUCCCCCUGAGCUUUCGAAUUGUUCGUCGCUUGUUGUAUUUGAUAUUUCGGCUAAUCAGUUAAGUGGCGAAAUACCGAGUGAGUUAGGGAAGUUGAAAGUUCUUGAACAGCUUCAUUUGUCUGAGAAUAUGUUAACGGGCCCAAUACCGGCUGAGCUUAGUAACUGCACGAGCUUAACUGCGAUUCAGCUUGAUAAGAACCAGAUUUCGGGCCAGAUUCCGUGGCAGAUUGGGAACUUGAAAAUGCUGCAGAGCUUCUUUUUAUGGGGAAAUAUGGUUUCUGGGACGAUUCCAUCUUCUUUUGGUAAUUGUACCGAGCUUUACUCCCUUGAUCUUUCGAAAAACAAGCUAACGGGCGAAAUCCCGGAAGAAAUCUUUGGGUUAAAGAAGCUGAGUAAGUUGUUAUUGCUUGGGAAUUCGCUUUCGGGUAAGAUGCCUAAAAGUGUUGGAAAAUGUCAAUCCUUGGUUAGAUUAAGGCUAGGAGAGAAUCAGCUAUCGGGCCCGAUUCCUAAGGAAAUCGGGCUGUUGCCUAACCUGGUGUUUCUUGAUUUAUACACGAAUCGUUUCUCGGGUCUUUUGCCUCGUGAGAUAGGGAACAUUACGGUUCUUGAGCUCUUGGACGUUCAUAACAAUCAUUUAACGGGUGAAAUCCCAUUUGAGUUAGGUGAUUUGGUUAAUCUUGAACAGCUCGAUUUGAGUCAGAACAGGUUCACUGGUGAAAUCCCUUUGAGUUUUGGUAACUUCAGUUACUUGAAUAAACUCAUCCUCAAUAACAAUUUGCUUAGUGGUUCGAUCCCUGGGUCGAUCAAAAACCUUCAGAAGUUGUCACUUCUUGAUUUGAGUUCAAACAACCUUUCGGGCCAAAUUCCUUCUGAGACCGGGUCAAUCACGAGCUUGACCAUUAGUCUUGACUUAAGCUCAAACAGAUUCCAAGGUGAGAUACCAGAGUCAAUCAAUGGGCUGACUCAGUUGCAGUCACUUGAUCUUUCACACAACUCGUUUCAUGGGAAAAUCUUGAUCCUGAGUUCACUCACCAGCCUCACUUCCUUAAACGUGUCCUACAACAAUUUCUCGGGUCCUAUCCCAAUGACACCUUUUUUCCGAACUCUGACACCCGAAUCAUUCAUCCAAAAUGCGGGUCUUUGUGAAUCCAGUGAUGGAUAUUCGUGUUCUUCACGAACAUCCACAAGAAACGUGUUAAAAUCAGCGAAAACGAUAGUUCUAGUGAUCGUAAUCCUGAUAUCAGUGACCAUGGCAGCUGCAGCCACUUGGAUCUUUAUGUCAAAAAACCAUAGGUACAUGAUCAAAAACUCUUUAGCUGACUCAGAUCCUGAUUCUCGAGGGGACGAUUUUUCAUACCCAUGGACAUUCAUUCCCUUCACAAAGCUCGGUUUUACAAUUGACAACAUUUUGGAUUGUCUAAAAGACGAGAAUGUGAUUGGAAAAGGAUGCUCAGGAGUGGUAUACAAAGCAGAAAUGCCAAAUGGAGAGGUCAUUGCUGUCAAGAAGUUAUGGAAAACAAAAAAAGAUGAAGAACCUGCAAUCGAUUCUUUUGCAGCUGAAAUUCAAAUUCUUGGCCAUAUCCGGCAUAGGAAUAUUGUGAAACUGCUAGGGUAUUGUUCUAACAGAAGUGUGAAGCUUUUGCUUUACAAUCACAUUGCUAAUGGGAAUUUACAGCAGCUGUUACAAAGCAACAGGAAUUUGGAUUGGGAAAUUAGGUACAAGAUUGCAGUUGGGUCUGCACAAGGCCUUGCUUAUCUUCAUCAUGACUGUGUACCCGCGAUUCUUCAUAGAGAUGUUAAGUGCAAUAAUAUUCUUCUCGAUUGCAAGUAUGAGGCUUAUUUAGCUGAUUUUGGGCUUGCGAAGCUUAUGAGUUCUACAAACUAUCAACAUGCCAUGUCUAGAGUAGCCGGAUCCUAUGGAUACAUUGCCCCAGAAUAUGGCUACACGAUGAACAUUACUGAAAAAAGCGAUGUCUAUAGCUACGGGGUGGUGCUGCUAGAGAUCUUGAGUGGACGUAGUGCAGUCGAGAAUCGGUUAAGGGAGGGUUCACAUAUAGUUGAAUGGGUGAAAAAGAAGAUGGGAAGCUUUGAGCCAGCAGUGACCAUUCUCGACACCAAGCUCCAAGGACUACCCGAUCAAAUGGUCCAAGAAAUGCUACAAACGCUUGGGAUAGCAAUGUUCUGUGUAAACUCUUCACCUGCAGAGAGGCCAACAAUGAAAGAGGUGGUUGCAUUGUUAAUGGAGGUUAAGAGUUCACCUGAAGAAUGGGGAAAAACCUCACAACCUCUAAUAAAACAACCAUCUACUCACAGUUAAGCCUUUUGGUCGUCAUACAUUAGGGUUUUGUUUUAGAUUUGAGGGUUUAGUCAUUGAGUUGUUUUUAGUUCUCAAAUGGGUAAGAAUAGAAUUAUGUGAUUUGAGCAUGAGAAGAAAGAUUUCGAUAAAUGGUGUCAUUGGUUUAGUUUGUUCAUGGUAGGCCUUUUUUUAUGACAAUUGCAAAUUUGAUGCUUUCUGACUUA